AUAACUCUAUUGAAAUCUCUGUAGUUGUUGUUCACAUACACAUGAAUAUCCAACCUAUGGGCAUUUCCUCCAACCUAUGGGUAUUUCCUCCAACCUAUGGACAUUUCCUCCAAUCUAUGGGCAUUUCCUCCAAUCUAUGGGCAUUUCCUCCAACCUAUGGACAUUUCCUCCAAUCUAUGGGCAUUUCCUCCAACCUAUGGGUAUUUCCUCCAACCUAUGGACAUUUCCUCCAAUCUAUGGGCAUUUCCUCCAACCUAUGGACAUUUCCUCCAAUCUAUGGGCAUUUCCUCCAACCUAUGGGCAUUUCCUCCACCCUGCUCUCCAUGCUCCUGAUGCAGGUCAGCCGCCAACAAUAUAUAUAAACUACGGUGACGUCACAAACAUGCCCAGUGAAACCGAAGUCUAUGGAUAUGGCACUCUUGCCAAUCUGAUAUGCUGCCUCUGCUCCUUGGCGGGUGCGUUUACUAUUCCUUUCGCUAAAAGACAUAAAACCGCCUACAAUGUCGUCCUGUCUGUCUUUAUGGGUCUGGCCGUCGGCGCCCUGGCCAGUGACGCCAUCCUUCAUCUAGUUCCCGAGGCACUUGGUCUCCACCACCAUGGUCCUUCGCCAUUAUCAAACGACAGUCACUCCAGGUCACAUGACUCACAUCAUCACCGGAAGAGGGACACACAUCAACCAGAGGACUCGCAUCACCAUCACCAUGGCAAUCAUGUCAACCAUGACCAUGAUCAUCCGGAAGACAAGCACACUCAUGUGGAUCCUGACGCCCGCCAUAUAGAGAAAGAAAUUCACGUGGAACCGUACGUGUGGUACUGUAUGGUCAUUCUCCUCGGUACAUACAUAUUUUACCUUGUUGAAAUGGCAAUGGUGCAUGUUCAGAGGAAAUCGGAAGGUGGCCAAACUCCCGUAAUUCUGACAUCCUUCAACAACCAGCCAGUAGACGCCAUAAUCAAAGAUGGUGAAGAACUGAGAACUUCAAGAGAAAAAAACGCCAUUUCGCCGCUCGUGGUGAUGAUCGUUGUAGGAGAUGCUCUUCACAACUUUACAGAUGGACUAGCUAUCGCGGCUUCAUUUUCCGCCAGUUUAUUAGAGGGCAUCGCCAUCACUAUAGCAAUACUCUGUCACGAACUUCCUCAGGAAUUAGGUGACUUUGCAAUUUUGAUCAACGAAGGAUUAUCCUUUAAGAGGGCGUUGAUCGCCAACCUUUUCUCGUCCCUCACGGCCUUCAUUGGAUUCUACAUUGGAGUCCCAAUAUCCUCACAUUUUGGGGCGGGACCAUGGAUCUUCUCCAUUACAGCGGGGAUGUUUAUAUACAUCGCAUUAGUCGAUAUGCUCCCUUCGCUGAUAAAGAAUGGGUCUACGAACACCAGAACCUUUGUCUACCACAACAUUGGAAUCCUCUUUGGCGCUCUAGUUAUCAUAUUAUUAUCAGUAUUUGAGAGUAAAAUUGAAAUAGGUCAUUAAUAUUGAUUUCAUUUUAAUUUUGAUUUUUUAUAUUAACCCCGGUAUUUUGAUAGAAAAAAAGGGUUUGUUAUGUUUUGUUUUUACAUUGUAUUUUUAUGUUAAUUUUCCUUUUGAUUUUUUGAAUAUCAAUAUUUUGAGAUAUUUUUGGUAGUCGGGACAAUGUAAGCGUUCAUUACAGAGAAACAUCACAGAAACAUUUUCCACGUUUGUUUUAUAGUUAAUUUGAUGGGGUUUCAUAUUGCUAGCUUUGGUGGAUUUUUUUUCCAGCAUAUUAUGUUAUGUGUACGGUAGAUAUGUUUUGGAUCAUUUCAAUAUUCAUAUCUUAUAAAUGUACGCAUUCAAAACAUAGCUUACUUUCGAGCGUAUCAUUAGAUUUUGGCUGUUUUCAAUGUGGGUUUUUUUUUUCAAGACACAACAAAUUGUUUGACCUGAAAUUGUUGAUCACGUGCAUAUUGAUAUCUCUUAAUUCGGUCAUGAAUAAUGACUUUAAAUUUGGAGGAUUUCGUCAAGUAGCAUUACUAAGCCAUAGUUGCGUUUUGAAAUGUUUGUUACAAAACACAAAUGACACACACACAUAUAUAUAUGUAUAUAUAUAUACUAUGUAUAUGCUUAUUGGUGCUUACAACAAUAUUGAGAUAUGUUGGUUCUGUCUGUUAUAUAUUGUUUACAAUAUUGCUUCGGUGCGUAAUAAUGCAUGUUAAAUUAAAAACCAUGGAAAAAAAACAACUUUUCAUACAAGCGCAAUAAAACACAAACAAGUUA